GCCAAUGUCGUUUUGAUGCUUUUCCUGAUUUUGGUUCUUCGUCGUCGUUUUCUUUGAUAGAGAUUUUAUUGUUUUUGCUAUUUUUCUAUUUGUGUUUAUCUCUUUCUUUGAUUGUCACGCAUGUCUCGGAUUCCUCUAUUAUUGCACAUGGCGCUUCCAAUUGAUCGGUUAAAGUCAUCAGACCGGAUCCGGUUUUGCUGUUUCUCUCAAUCUCAAUCUCCGGGUGGGUGAGGUGAAGUGGCGGCGAUGACGAUGGAGAAAAGCCGAGGAAGCUGCUUGUGUUGUAUGCUUCUAAAACCGAGAACGCUCUUGAUGCGGUGGAGCGUAUUGGCCGCGAAGCAGAACACCGUGGAUGUCCAACUUCUAUCGUCUCCACUGACGAAUUCGACGCGAGUUACUUACCUCAUGAGGAAGCUGUUGUUUUUGUUGUCUCCACUACAGGGCAAGGAGACUCUCCUGAUUCAGAGAACUUCAUGUAGCUACGGAUGGUUUAGUUCCAAGAGCAUUCUUGGUGAUGGUGGGUUUGGUAAUGUCUACAGAGGAAAGCUUGGAGAUGGGACAGUGGUUGCAGUGAAACGACUGAAAGAUGUGAAUGGAACUUCUCGGAACUCACAGUUUCGUACCGAGCUUGAGAUGAUCAGCUUAGCUGUCCAUAGGAAUUUGCUUCGGUUAAUUGGUUAUUGCGUGAGUUCUAACGAAAGACUUCUUGUCUACCCUUACAUGUCCAAUUGUAGUGUCGCCUCUAGGCUUAAAGAAACACCAGAAAGGGAGUGAUUUCCUUUAGCAAAGAACAAGAAACACUUAUUAAGAAGCUAUAGAGAAAUUCAAGGACCAAUAAUGAAAGAAAGAACUUGUGGCUUUAAACUUUAGAUACUUGAUCAGUGACUUCUCCCUUUGGAUAAUUUGUUUACUUUAGAAUGUUUAAGCUUUAGAUACUUGAUUGACAAUGAAUCUAUACUAUAUAAGCUAAUUUAUAAGUUGUUAGAGAUUGAAACACCAAAAGAUUGUUUACUUAUUUAGUUUGAAAUAUAAGUUAUCUUAAAUU